AUGACACAUCACAACAAGGCUCACACACUUAAAUAUAAUAUUACAGAGAGAAAUGAACUAUUACACAAAUUUAAAGAUAUAGCUUAUACUACUAAACUUCAUCUCACCUUGAGUUUUCACCAGAUAUUUGUGGAGCCCGAUAGUAGAAAGUACCUUGCUUUUCCAUAUAGUGGCAGAUCUUAUCAGUACUGUGUUGUACCAUUUGAACUAAACAUUUCUUCAUUCAUCUUAUCAAUACUGUGUUUUAUCAUUUGGUUACUGGAAAAAGUUGAAGAGCACUUGGAAUUGUUGAGAGAAGUAAGGGAAGGAGGCAUGUCAUUUAAGUUGGAAAAGUGUAAAUUCGCAGUGGAACAGUUGAUUUGUCUUGGUAAUGGCAUUAUAGUGGAAGUAAUCUUGCCUGAAGUGAUACAGUUUUGCCCAUAG